AUGGCUACCAAGCGUGUUUCGACCCGUGAGGAGUUGCAAAACAUGAGUCGGGCGGAUCUUCAAAAAUUGGCAAAGGUGGCGGAUCGCGAAUGUGGCGCCAUGCCUUUCCAGUCAGAGCAAAGUAAGACCCGUUUGUUCAUCAUAGUUGUGACCGCACUCAUAAUCCACUCUCCUUUUAAAAAUUCCGUCAGGCUCGCAUACGUUCCGCCACGUUUACCUCCCAGCUCUGUACGCAACGAGAGAACAGGCGCUCAACGCAACCCCGACGAACAAGAAAACCUUCCUACCCCAAAGCUCACUCCCACUGCAAGCUCGGCGGACCGCGAGUCGGUCGCUAGGCUGAAGGGAAAGGACCACAUAAAGUCUUCAGCCGGAAAGUCACGAAUUCCUGUUCCAGGAGGUGGUAGAAAAGUCAGUGGUGUGCGAGCACUCCUCCCUCCCGCGGUGGUGGCUGCACACCCGCUCCCACCGCCGUCGGAGAGUCCUUCAAAGACGAGAGGAAAGGUCAAGAAGGCAGAAAAGAUCAUGGAAAAGGAAACAACGAGUCCUAUUAGGCCGUAUGCCGAUGAAGACCAUGACAUGGAGGGUAAUCCAGGAAAUGCUACCCCGACCGAUUCUCUUCCAUCCGCUGGAUCGACAAGCCAAAACCCCGGUCCUACUCUCCCUGCGUCCUCCUUGACGAGUCUGCUCGAACGGAGGAUUGUCAAGUUGGAAAAAUCGAGCGCGGAUAACCAAUCAACGAGACAACAAGACAUGAGCUACCUCCUUGCUCAACUCAAGGAGGCCCAGGAUGAUAUCGUCGACCUCAAACAACAGAAUGAAGAUCUCAAGAAACGGUUGGACUCGGAGGUUGCGACGAAAAAGGAAAUGAGCGAUAUUAUUAACCGCUUGGCUGAGCUGGACGAUCAACUCGCCCGAAUGAAUAUCCGACCUGAUCCAUCAGUUACCUCUUCCGAGGCCGAACUGCCCUAUGAGGCUCCAAUGCCGCCCCGCAAGCUAGAGUAUCAAACGCCACCCAGUCAAAUCGGGUUGCUCGUCGGUCGUAUGUCAAACCCAAGUCUGGCCCCUGCCGCAAGAAUUCACCCAAGUGCAAGUCGACGUGACAGGAAGGAGCGCGCGCGUCAUACACCACCUCCUCAACCUCGUCGAUAUCCUCUGAAUCCUGACGAGUCACCCAGUCCUCAACGUCGCUCUAGUGCCGCAUCUACUUCUCUUCUUCCGAUUAGUGGAUCGGUAAAGAGGGGAAGCAGUGCAAUGGGUACUCCCCCCACGUCUAGUCCACGACUAGCUAAUUCCAGGAACGCGUCUCCCAUUGCUGAGCGCAGCCAGAAACGACAACUACUGAGAGACAAACGGUACUCUAUGAUGGAAGAGGAAAUGGAUGGCUAUCAAAGUGAUACGCCACCACGAGAGUUGAAUCCUGUCCAAACCCUUGCUCCGAUUGAGUCGCAGGGUGAUUCAGAAGUGACACUGUCCCCCCGACCACCUUUGCCAUUCCCCAUCGUUGCUUCUCCUUCUGCUGCUCCGGUGGAAAUAGAGAUGGAUUCUCAAAGCAGGAAGCCUUCGAGCUCUCGCAGGCGUUCACCUGCCAAGUUCACUCGGGGUCGUCGAGCUCAUCCCUACGAUGUGCAAAAGACGCGUGAGUCGGCAAGUCCAGAAGCCGGGCCCAGUUCGUUACCAGACGGCGAACGGAGUGUGCCGAAUAUGAAGAUACCUUGGUUUGGUGAAACACCUGAUCCUAGUCGAGCCCCAGGUCCAUCCAGCUUUCCUGGUGGUUUUAUACCCAAAUUAUCCCUUGCUCGAUCAUCCCUAUCCGGUAGCGCUGCUAUGCUUAUGCACGAUCCUAUUGAAACACCAGAAUAUGAAGAACCUCGCCAAGUAGAGGAAACGCCGCCUGCUUCACGAACCCGCUAUGGAACUGAAUUCAGGAGCACUCUGAAAGCAAAGUUCUCAGAUAGUGCGCCUGCUUGGCGAUAA